CACGCACCAUCUUCAGCCCCAAUCAAACCUUCUCUCUCUCUCUCUCUCUGAGUAUUCCAUGAAACGCGUCGGAAAAUGGGAAAAUACAUAAAGAAGAAGAACAAACUCGACGGAGAAGCUACAAUAGCUUUGAUGGAUGUCUCUCCUUCUUCACUAGGCGUUCUCACUCGAGCUAAAUCCUUAGCUCUCCAACGCCGCCUUCAAAAACCCUCCUCUUCUCCUUCCCCCUCUCCUAACCCUCCGCCGUCGAAACAGAAGAUGACAGCUUGUUCCGGCGGAUCGUAUCUUCAGCUACGGAGCCGUCGGCUCCAUAAGAAGCCUCCAGUUGUCGUGAUUCGCUCAGGUAAAAGGAGAAAGCAGCAGCGGAGGAAAGAGGGUCGAAACCCUAACCCUAAUCCCCAAAAUGUUGAUUCGAUUCGUGGGUCUGUUGGUGAUGGGUCGGAUUCGGUUGCGGAGAGUGUUGUGUUUGGUAAAGACAAGGACUUUAACGGUGGAAUCUGCAAAGAGCUUGAUGGUAGUGAAAGCUUCAACAGGACCACAAGGGAAUCCACACCAUGCAGUUUGAUAAGAAAGCCGGAAUCCAUCACAAGCCCGGGGUCAUCUACGAAGUUUAGCAACGGUAUAAGUGACAACAGUAACCAAAGAGAAGAGAGUUUUUCCAGGAGCCAUCGUCACCUACCAACUACACCUGAGAUGGACGAGUUUUUCUCGGGUCCUGAAGAAGAACAGCAAAAGCAAUUCAUUGAGAAGUACAACUUUGAUCCUGUGAGCGAACAACCACUACCAGGACGGUAUGAAUGGAAGAAGGUAGAUGAUUAG